AUGGAGAAAGUCUACUUUGGGAGGACCAAGAACAAAGUACACACCGAAGACGUGAGAAGCGUGCGUAGGACAGAACCGCCACCGCCAGCUGUGGAUUUCCAGGCAGGAGAACGGGGCAUCAAGGUUCGGCCUCUGGUUGCAAUGCAGUUGGAACCAGGGGCUGAGUUCAUUGACCUACCGGAGGAGAUCAAGGAGGCAUUGCCGCCGUCAGAACCGAUAGGACUGAACGAGGCCAUGGAGAAGAUAUCCCAGCAGCUGGCAUCAGACAUCAUCCAAAAAAUACCCAACUACCGAAAGUUGCGAGACAGAAGCUAUACGAUCAUGCUCAAAGCGGAGAGAGGAAAUGCCAACUGGUUGUGGUUCAAGACCCUGGACCUUUCGCGCUUGUUCUUGGCUGUACUGGUGAAGAAGGUAGAAAGGAAGGUGUGGCAGAUGGCGAUCGAUAAUCUGCUCCCACAGAAAGGGCUAGUACGCACGCCGUGUUUGCAAAGUUGGCACCUGAUGGAGUCGCAAAAAGACUGGAGGGAGUUGGCAAACACGCUGAGCGAUACAGACGCAGGGAGUGUACGGAAGGAGUUUCAACAAAAGGUGUUGAACCAAUGUCUUUGGCUGCCUUCGGCUAACGCAAGUCGGUUAUGGAAGACGACGGGAUCAAAAUAUUGUGCGGCCACCAUGAUUCUGGAGACUCACCAAGGCACUGCAAUAUGCAUCGUUAUCAAUCCCAACUGCUACCGCUGGCGCGAAGAGAUCAGAGUACACUGCGGCACUCCAUAG